CUCAUGUGUUAAAAUUCGAGUCCUUUUCGUGUUAAAUUCAGACACCAUAUAAUGGCGAAUCGGCCAACGCAAAAUAAGGGUGAGAGAUCGAUGAAGCGCGGGCGCAGGAUGCCGGUGCAGGUUGCAGCAUCGCAGUGGUUGUAGAUCCUGGAGCAGUCUGCGGAGGCGGUCCACUCUUCCCCAGAUGCCUUCCUGCAGAAGCAGCCAAGAUUACGUAACAAUAACGAGAAAGCUCACCGGUGCUCACUGAGAGCCACCCAUACUCACUGCGUGCCACCUGUCACACGGAGCAGCCUCGUUCCUGAGGUGUCCUCUAAUUUUUGUCCUCUAGGUGGCCACCUGACCGCCUUUCCGCCUCCGCGGGACUGGGAAUUUAUUACCUCCUGCGACUUGGGUUGGAAGUUACGUUGUUUUCGAUAGUUGCUGAGUGGUUUUGAAAGGGUUGAGUGGUCCCUAAAAUUCCUAGAAACGUUCCCUGCUUCUGCGCUCCGCUCAGAGGCUCGCGUGCGUUCCAGAUCCAGAUCGGAUCCACCUGACACCCACCGCCAUGGCCAAGGAAGGCUCUGCUGCUGGAGCUGAAAUGGACGUCAGUACUGCUUUGAAAGAGGUGCUGAAGACCGCCCUGGUCCACGAUGGCCUGGCACGAGGAAUUCACGAAGCUGCCAAAGCCUUGGGCAAGCGCCAAGCCCAUCUUUGCGUGCUUGCAUCCAACUGUGAUAAACCUAUGUACAUCAAGUUGGUGGAAUCCCUUUGUGCUGAGCACCAAAUUAACCUAAUUAAGGUUGAUGACAACAAGAAACUAGGGGAAUGGGUAGGCCUCUGCAAGACUGAUCGAAAGGGCAAACCCCGCAAGGUGAUAGGUUGUAGUUGUGUGGUGGUUAAGAACUAUGGCGAAGAAUCUCAGGCUAAAGAUGUCAUUGAAGAGUACUUCAAGUGCAAGAAAUGAACAACAACAAACUGGCUUAUUUUCCUUUAAGUUCCUGAAAACGUAGAGAAGUAGUAUUAUCUCAAACGCUUGAGUUUUCGCCGGAAAUUACAGCACUUUUUAGGGGUUCUUCCAAAUGUAAACUUUGCAUAUUGUCUUCUUAUUUAUUAUGGAAAUUUUCAUCUGCUUGGAAGUUUACGAACAGCGUAAGAUUUGGUCUAGCUUUACUAAGGUUUAAUUGACAAAAUUAUAUGUAUGUUGUUGCACAGUGUGAUGUUUUUAUAUGCAUAUUUAUAUACUAUGUAUAGUACUUAUAUAUAUGUAUGUAUAUAUAUAUAUAUAUAUAUAUAUAUAUGCGUGCAGGUAUCUCUUUAACAGACUGAUUUAAUUAUCUUUGGAUAGAUACCCCAAAGGGGAUACUACAGUAUUUUAUUUUGGGGGGGAACCUCCAUACUGUUUUUCAUAAUGGCUAUAAUACUUUUCAUUCCUGCAAGAGUGUCUAUUUUGUUUUUGCUUAAAUUUACUACAUAGACAUUGAAUUAAAUCUUCCAAUACCCUGAUCUUCACCCAAAGGAACACUCCUUACAAGGAAAAGUUGCUCCAGAAAGUGAAUUUCUUCCUAGACACUUCUGAGGUCUGGAGAAUGGUCUAUAGUAGCCAUGAAUUAGUUUACUGAGUAUAAAAUAAGCAACAACAACAACAACAAAAAGACAUUAAGUAAACCAGUAGGAGACAGAAGCAACAAAUAACAAAGCAUCAUUAACUCAGGUGCUCAAAACAUCCUGCAGAGAGUCAACUGGGGUAGCCCAAUUGGAAGAGCAAAGAAACGGUAGUGUCAAAUCAGAAACUUAAGCAUCCACCAGAAGUCAGCAAGAAUCCUCACCGAGGCAACAACCCAGAGUUCCUGAGGGGAGGGGAGACUUCCAUGUGGAAGAACUUUGCAGGUAGAACUGUGGCCGGGUCUGGCCCUUACAGUCCACCAGCAGAAACCGACUGAAGCCCUGGAAGCAAAGCCAGCGCUCGACGUUGAGAAUUCCGAGAGCCCAGCCCUCGUUCCCCCUGAUGAGCGUCACAUUGCUGAGUUUCUGGCUAUUUUCAUUCUAGGCAUUUUAUAACAUGGCUCAAACACUAGUAGCUUCUGUUGGAAAUGCUUCACUUUCUAGCAGUUCUCAAGGACACAGCAAUUUUUGUUUUGUUUUUGUGUUUGUUUGUUCCUUGGUGCUUUUCUCUCCCCACUACAGAGACACAGACCAGGCUGCCUCAGCACAGGGGAGAUGGGAGUUUUAGGAUGCUUGGCCCAGAAGGAGCACAGCCAACCCUGUCUCCAUCUUCAGCUUCUUGGCUUAAAGAACACUAGACAAUUUCCCAGUUAAUGGCAUUCCAUUUAUGACUCUGUAAGGACUGCCUUGUCUACAUGCUUCACACAUCAGGCAUGCUUAGGAGUCCACUGACCUGCCCACCUCUACAACAUGGGCUGCUACGCCCGGCAGGUCUUGGUUAUUGCUACUUCAGACGUAUACUCCUAUAGAUCCUCCUUUGAGUACAACUGCAGAAAAUACCUGAGAGUGUGAGUUCUCCUUAAAAGAGGGAAAAUAUGCCACAUUUGUAAGUGAGCUAAUAGACAUCACUGUAAACGCUGGGCAGCACACAGCUUUAGUCCCAGUGCUUGGAGACAGAGGCAGGAAGAGAUCUGUGAGUUCAAACCCAGCCUGGUCUACAUAGUGAGUUUUAGGACAGACAGGGAGAAAACCCUAUCUCAAAAGAAAGAGAGAGAAAAGAAAAGAAAAAAAAGACAUCACCAUAAAACUUAUGAAAAUAAGUCCCUGUAGGCAAACUUUGGAACUUCCACAAUAAAGAGUAAUCUCUGAGGCUAAAGAGAAAGCUCAGCAGUAAGUAUCUCUUACUGUUCUUGCAGAGGACCCAGGUUCGAUUCCCGGCACCCGUUUGGUGUCUCUCAACUGUAACUCCAGUUCCAGGGGAUUCCAUCACUCUUCUGGCCUGCAUGGACUCCUAUACAUACCAGGUGUACAUAUCUACAUUUAGGCAAAUACCUAAACAUAAAAGUGAAUAUCUUUUAAAGAGUAAUCUCAGAGGAAGUACAGGAAGUGCUCACAAUACACUUAUAUUGGGAGAUUUGUAUUUUUCUUGAGACAACUACAUAGAAAUGACUUGUUCAACGUAUUCACUCAAAUUGCCAUAUUAAAAAUUGCAAGGGCUGGAGGUGGCUCAGCGGUUAAGAGUACUGACUAUUCCUCCAGAGUACCUGGGUUCAAUUACCAGCACCCACAUGGAAGCUGACAACUGUAACUCCAGUUCCAUGGGCUCCAACACACUCACACAGAUAUACAUGCAGGCAAAAACAUCAGUGCACAUUAGAUAAAUUAUUAAAAAAAAUAAAAUUGCAACAUGUACCACUUCCCAUUGCUCUGAUUUUUAGUAUAGAUUCUUACCCAAAGAAACCUAAAUUUGCUCACUUUGUCCUUGUCUUAUGCAUAUUAUAUUCACUAAAAUGUAAAAUAAAUGGACUUUAUUGUUAUUGCAGAAGAGCACUAA